AUGGAUUAUAUGCACUCCAUCCUCUCCGGUCCAGCUUUGGGGAUAAUCUGCGGCGUAAUUCUCAUCUUUCUCGGCAUAGUCAUCCACGAUGUUCACUUGUGGAAGUGCCUACCUCCGGGUCCUGUCCCGACUCCACUGAUUGGCAACAAGCUUCAGAUCCCGUCAAAGCACCCUUGGAUCAAGCUUCAGGAGUGGUCGCGGAUAUAUGGUCCAAUAUAUACCAUAUGGCUGGGUCGACGGCCGACGGUGGUGAUAUCUGACCCGUCAAUUGCCUCCGAGCUGCUCGAAAAACGGUCUAAGAAAUACAGCACACGCCCACGGUUUGUCACCAUGGGUGAGAUCUACUGGGAUAUGGCCAGCAUUCUUGUUCAACCGUAUGGCAAGGAAUGGCUCAUUCGCCGCCGGCUCUUGCACUCUGCCCUGACACCGCGGGCCCUCGACAACUACAAACUAUUACAGCAGGCCGAGUCAAGUCGGCUAUGCUAUCAGCUACUAGAAAGUGCACACGAAUGGGAAUCACUAUUUGACCGGCUCGCGUCGUCGAUUGUGUUCGCCGUCUCGUAUGGGCACCGUGUGGAUAGCGCUGAGUCUCCCGUGGUUAGACAGCGACUUGAAUUCAUGCAAUAUGCUUCCAGUUUGAAUGUUCCAGGAGCGUACCUGGUGGAGUCCUUCCCCAUACUGAAAUAUCUACCGGAUUGGAUUGUACCAUGGAAGGCAGAGAUCAAACGCCGUGGUCGUCUUGAGGCUGACGCCAAUAUGACACUGGUUCAUGUGGUGCGACAGGAUAUUGAGUCCGCGAAACAGUCCCCGGGAGCAGAGCCGCUUUUUAAUAGUUUGACCAAGCAGCUCCUCGAGGCCAGAGAUUCCGACCCGACGGCAUUUCCGUUGACUGAGCGGGAUUUUAGCUACAUUCCGGCUUCCCUUUUCGGUGCUGGAUCCGACACAACGUCUUCCACAUUAUGCUCAGCCAUGCUGGCCAUCGUGACAAAUCAAGUAGUGUUGGAGAUAGCACAGGCCGAGCUAGAUUCCGUGGUGGGGCCUGGUCGAUUGCCUACAUUUGAGGAUAUACCCAAGCUCCCGUAUCUACGCGCACUUUGUAAAGAGGUUCUGCGCUGGCGCCCUGUGGCUAUAUUGGGUGGAACACCGCAUGCUUGUUCUGAAGAUGAUUAUUAUCGCGGGUACUAUAUUCCUCAGGGGACAGUCAUGUUGGGAAAUUCGUGGGCAAUCAAUAUGAAUCCUACCUAUUAUCCCAGUCCGGAUCAGUUCAACCCUUUUCGCUUUCUCGACAUCGACCCGCAUCGGCUGCCUUAUCUCCCAAAGGAAUAUAUCCCGUCGGUUAAACAAGACAAAGGAUCCGCGCAUCCAAGCAAGCUUGGCCAUAGCUCUUUCGGCUGGGGUCGUCGUAUCUGCCCUGGCGCAGAUCUUGCGACCAAUACUCUACUCAUUACCCUCUGUCGGCUACUGUGGUGCUUCCACAUUCGACCCAUCCCUGGGCAUGUCUAUGAUACACUAGACUAUACAAAUGGCUUCAACGUCAGACCGCGGAAUCUGCAGCUGGGCCUGCAAGUUCGAUCGGAUCAACAUCGCCACGUCUUAGAAAGGGAAUAUGAAGAUGCGAUCGCGUUUCUCCAAACGCUUUCGCCCUUUGACGAAAAUAUGCUGCAAAGCACCGGCCGACAGGUUUAA